AUGUUCGUGUGUGGUAUAAGGCCAGGUUCUAGUGAUGAGGAAGAAGAGGAAGACGUUAUGGAUAUUCUCCAGAAAAGACGUGAAGAAUGCGAACGCAAAGCAAGGCGGGGGGAGAUGGACCCUCGAUUGGAGUUCACAUUUCAACUCCUAAUCGAUGGUACAGGUCUCCCACGACAUGCCAUUAUGGACCAUGUAUUCGAAGGAAAUAUGCUCGAUGACAUUAACCAACUAUUUCUACCGCAUAUGAGGAAUAAAUUGCUUUGGUAUUACCAAGAUGUAGAGGAAAUUGAACAUCGUCCUUUACCAGAAGGUACUAAGUCAAGACAACAAGGGCAAGGAAAGCAACCGCCUCCUCAGAUUACUCUUAAAAAGAAGCUGUUUUUGUCUGAUGGUUGGGAUGUUAAGUUUACUGGUGUCUGUAUUUAUAUGUUUCGUAUAAACGUAAGCAAGCAAUUGCCUGAAGAAGGAUUUCAUAAGGAUUUGUUUUGUGGUAUCCUAAAUGCGGAGCAAGUGGGCUUAGUGACGGCUAUAGAAAGAAUUAUGGAAUUUGUGUACAUGAGCGCCCUGGCCCAUCCAAGUAGCGAUGGAGAUGAAGAUGAAACCCGGUUUCCCAUCGUUAAGAAUCAACUAUUACCCGGUUUACGCUCCUUUUGCAGUGCUUUAAAAGUUUGUGAAGAAGUAUGCAAUCAAGUGAACCUUUUUGAUGAUGGAAAAGCUUUAAUGGCAAAUUUGAACGACCAUGCCGAGUUAAAGGAAAUGAUAAAAAACCCAAAUACAAUUACUACCUUAGAGGAAAGAGUAAAUGAAUGGAUCAAAAAGAUUAUGGAGAUAUUAAGUGAAAGUGAGCAACUACGCCGCGAAGUAGAUUCUAGCGGUCCCCAAGACGAGCUUGAAUAUUGGAAAAAAAGAGGAGCACAAUUUUCCCAACUUGUUUCCUAUCUGCAGAACAGCGAAGUUCAAUUAACGUUAACCUGUCUUCAACUGGCAAAUUCAAAAUACAUAAAACUCUGGCGCGACACUGACCAUAAAAUAACAUUCUGUUACAAUGAAGCGAAGGACAAUGCAAAAUUCAUACAAGCAAUGGAAAAAUGCUGUCAUUCUUUAUAUUUAGAUGAUCCUGUAAAAAUAAAAGAUUCCAUAUUGAGUUUACUACAGACCGUUAGAUUAAUUCAUAGCGUUUCGCAGUUCUAUAAUACAUCUGAAAGAAUAUCAUCAUUGAUGGUCAAAAUAACCAACCAAAUGAUUGAAACUUGCAAACAAUACAUAACCUGUCGCUUUAAAGAGACGAUUUGGUCUCAAGACCGAAAUUUGGUGCGAGAAAAAUUGAUUCAUUGCAUUAAUCUGAAUAGAACAUAUAGAGAAACUUACACGUUUGUAAAAAAGCAGGCUUUCCUUCCGAAUGCGGAACAAUUUAGUUUUUCCGAAAAUUAUGUCUUUGGAAAAUUUGAUACAUUUUGUAAAAGGAUUAACAAAAUCAUAUCUAUGUUUGACUUGAUGGAUGACUACAACCAUUUAUUUGAAAAGCGCAUGGAAGGUUUACUCUUAGGCGAAGAUCUAGAAGAUGCGAUGCAUGCUUUCAAUGAAGCGAAGAAGGCCGUGACAUCUUGUCAGUACGACUAUCUUGACUACCGUAACAAUGAGUUUGAUAAAGAUUAUCACGCCUUUGAAGACAAGACCAACGCAUUGCGAGAGUCAAUUGGAAAUACCAUUGAAGUGAAUUUUGCUAGCGUUUGGGAGACGCCACAAGGCAUCAAAUUUCUUACUAGAUUUGAAAAAGUCAGCCAGAAAAUUCAAAUUACAAAAUUAAGCGAAAAAUAUGAUAGAGUUUUGAAAUACAGUGAGAAAGAAGUAGAUAAAAUAAUGAAAAUGUUUAAAAGACAAAAAGAUGAUCCUCCGUUACCAAGAAAUUACUCACCAGUAGCAGGUCGUAUAAAAUGGGCGCGUUGCCUAAUGCACAACAUGCGCGAGACGGUGGAGAGCGUGAGCGCGCACCCGGCGCUGCGCACGCUCCCCGCCGCCGCAGACAUCACGCGCAAGUACUGCGUGACGCGCGCGCUCAUUGACGGCUAUGAGGAGACAUUGCGCGCUGUGUGGAUGAACCAGAAUCUAUGGGAUGUUGAUGACAGCUUAAAUAACACUUUAUUGAAAUUAGAUGAUUCUGGCCGAAUCACCGUGAAUUUAGACCAUACGAUUAAAUUACUGAUAAGAGAAUCUGAUUGUCUUGUCAAAAUGGGCUUAGGACUGCCUAUCGUAUGUCACUCAUUGUAUGCAAAGAGAAAUUAUUUUACCCUUGUUAAUGACUCGUUACAGUUUCUUCUAGAAGACUAUCUAAGAACAAUAAGGCAAGUGAAGCUAGAAGUUCGACCUUUGCUUCUACCACAAGUAGUUCGUCUUUCUUCCCUUUUACUUCCUGGUCUUAAAUCUGUUUCUUGGACAAGCGAAGACUGGAAAGAAUUUAUUGAUCGUGCGAAUGUUGCUAUAAAUAGCUUUGAUGUUCUCGUCACAAGAGUCCAUGAUAUAUACACCAAUAGAAUAAUUUACAUGUUGUCUGGAAUGCAAGAAGUUUCUCUAAUAACUUUGCCAGAAGAAACUCCGUGGUCGGUUGAAGAAUUUAUUGAGCAUAUUGAGGGAGGUUGUCGAAUCGCUUGCGUAGAAUUGAAUAGGAAAAGCUUGAUGGUGGAGGAAGCGGUAGAGGAAGUACUUGAUCUAGUCAGAAAAGCUGCUCAACAAGUGAAACCUACGGAGAUAAACUCUGAUUUCGAAUUCCUUAUUGCCGAGGACGAUGCUCAGUCGCCGAGUGGAGGAGCUUCCACGUUGAACGAGUCUACUGCCAGCGGGCAGCAGGACUGGUCUGCAGUAUGGGAAUGCUUUGAGAGUCCCCAUCGUCUACUCUCAAUACCUGCGGGUGGAUUAUCCAAAAGCAUGCAGGAAAUGGUGAAAAAUGCAGUCAGCGAGAUGAGACGUUACUAUAGCCGCAAAGUGGUGGAUGUGUUAAUUAAAGUGACGAGACGCGCAUUAGACCUCAUUAUCAAGCAAUUCUCACAAGAUAUUGACAUUGUUGAACAAGCAUAUACUAUAAACGUGAAACUUGAUAACAAACCC